AUGCUUCGCAGUUUGGUCCCUCGCACUCGUGGUCUCAGACAUUUGGCAACUAGUUUACCAACCACCAGAACUUCAGUGCUUUCCAAUGGACUUACAGUAGCUACUGAAACGAUACCGAACACCUCGAGUGCUACGGUGGGCAUUUUUGUAGAUGCCGGGUCCAGGGCCGAAAACAUCAAAAAUAAUGGAACUGCACAUUUUUUGGAGCAUUUGGCUUUCAAAGGGACCAAGAAUCGUACCCAGGUGGGCAUCGAACUGGAAAUUGAAAACAUAGGAUCCCAUUUGAACGCCUAUACUUCAAGAGAAAACACGGUGUAUUACGCCAAAACGCUAAACCAAAACAUUCCAAACGCAGUAGAUGUACUUAGCGACAUUUUGACCAAAUCGGUUCUGGACAAAAGUGCAAUUGAAAGAGAAAGAGACGUUAUUAUCCGGGAAAGCGAGGAGGUGGACAAAAUGUACGACGAGGUGGUUUUUGAUCAUCUGCAUGCAAUCACUUACAAAGAUCAGCCGUUGGGAAGAACCAUUUUGGGCCCCAUAGAAAACAUCAAGACCAUUCAGCAGCGCGAUCUACAGGAAUACAUCUCGACCAACUACAAGGGCGACAGAAUGGUGCUUGCUGGAGCUGGAGCUGUAGAACACGACGAAUUGGUAAAAGCAGCUGAAAGAUUUUUUGGUCAUAUCCCCAAAUCAUCAUCACCAGUGCCUUUAGGCUCCCCACGCGGUCCUCUGCCUGUUUUCUACGGGAAUGAGCUCAAAAUUCAGGAAAAUACUUUGCCCACGACCCAUAUUGCCCUAUCAGUCGAGGGCGUCUCGUGGUCUGCUCCCGAUUAUUUCACAGCUCUUGCAACUCAGGCAAUUGUCGGUAACUGGGAUAGAGCCCUCGGAUCAGGUACCAAUUCUCCGUCGCCUUUAGCAGUGGCUGCAUCUAACAAUGGUACUCUGGCCAAUUCUUAUAUGUCUUUUUCCACUUCGUACGCUGAUUCAGGUCUAUGGGGCAUGUACAUCGUUACAGAUUCCAAGGAACACAAUAUCAAAUUGAUAAUUGACGAGGUUCUCAAAGAUUGGCAGAGGAUUAAGACCGGAAAUGUUACUGACGAGGAAGUCAAACGCGCCAAAGCGCAACUAAAGGCUUCUCUGCUUCUGUCUUUGGAUGGCUCAACUGCAAUCGUCGAAGACAUUGGGCGUCAAAUUGUUACUACGGGCAAAAGACUUUCGCCAGAGGAAGUAUUCGAGCAGGUCGACCGGAUUACAAAAGAUGAUAUUAUUACAUGGGCCAACUAUAGAUUGAAGGGAAAGCCAAUUUCCAUAGUUGCACUUGGAAACACCGCCACGGUCCCCUCCCUGAAAGAGAUUGAAAACGGACUGAACUUGUAG